CGUAGCAACUUCACAUUGGGACAAGUUUUUGGUCCACAAACAGUUGCCAUUCGGUGUGUUCAUGUGUAUUUUCUGUGACAAUCUGGAAUAAUUCGUGAAAAUUGACACCUAAAGACACGAGAUAACACCAAAAUAGCGGGAGCAACUCGACGAGGAAUUUGUAUUUCAGACUUUUGUCAGCAGAAUCUCAGUGAAGAUGUCUGACACCCCACAAAAUAAUGAAGUUUCAAGCCAACACACAGGGUCAAAACCACAGACCCCGUCUCAAGUUUUGAACGUGGAAAACAAUCUUUCUUCCAAAGAACAGGAAUAUGUGAAUGCCAAGUCAUAUUUGCUUUCCACUAGUUCAAAAACAGGACAAAAUUUGUAUGAUCACUUAGCCAAGGUUCUUACAAAGGUGUUGAAUGAACGACCUGAAAAUGUAGCUGAUAUAUUCGAAGACAUCAGCAAAGAAGAGAAAAGGGCAAAAUUCAAAUCCGAUACAGACACAGUGUUGGACAAAGUAGAUGAGUCAACAGAAGUAGCAUUGGCAGAAGUACAAAAGAAACUGUUUUCAAAGGGUGAUGGAGAGGAAGCUGAAGAACAACCAGAAGAGGAUGUCGAGACACCGCUGCCAAAUCUUAUGGAGCUCACAUUCUUCUUUGAACAAGCUGCUGUUGGUCUAAACAGGGAGGAGAUGAUCCGGAUAUGGCUGGCUCUGAAAAAUCUUGUCGAUAACCAUCCACUGCAGCAUGUGCGACUCUGGGGUAAAAUCUUCGGUACUGAACAGAAUUACAUCAUUGCUGAGGUUGAGUACCGGGAGGGAGAGGAGGAGGAAGAAGAGGAGGAGGAAGCUGAGGAAGAGAAAGAGGAAGAUACAACAGAGAAGGAUGAGGAUGCUGAAGAAGAAGAGCAGGAAGAUGAUACUCCAAAGCCCGACUUCAAGCCACCUCCGGUUGUUCCCAAGGAAGAGUCCAGAACUGGUUCCAAUAAGAAAACAUACUUUGUCUGCAAUGACCCUGGUAAACCAUGGAUCAAACUGCCAGCAGUUACUCCAGCCCAGAUUGUCGCAGCCAGGAAGAUCAAGAAGUUCUUCACAGGCAAACUUGAUGCACCUGUCAUCAGCUACCCACCAUUCCCAGGCAAUGAGUCCAACUACCUUAGGGCACAGAUUGCGCGUAUCUCUGCUGGAACGCACAUCUCCCCGCUCAACUUCUACCAGUUUGAUGAGGAAGAGGAGGAGGAAGAAGAAGGAGAAGGUCGUGACAACUUUGUCGAGAACAUUGACUUUGAAGGCAUCCCAGUGCGAGACCUUGCGGAUCCUUCAUUACAGAACUGGGUGCAUCACGUACAGCACAUCCUGCCCCAGGGUCGCUGCAGCUGGUGGAAUCCCGUACAGCACAAUGAGGAUGACUUCGAGGAUGAAGAUGAAGAAGAAGAACGAGAAGAGCCAGAUGAGCCUGAGCCAGAGGUCGGUCCUCCACUUCUUACACCCUUGUCGGAGGAUGCUGAGAUUGAGAACAUGCCACCAUGGACGCCCAAGCUCUCAUCCAAUCUUAUCCCACAGUAUGCCAUCUCUAUGAUGCACUCAAAUCUGUGGCCUGGAGCUCAUGCAUUUGCUGUUGACAAGAAGUUUGAAAAUGUCUACAUUGGUCAUGGCCACAAGUAUUCUGCUGAGAACUACAGUCCUCCACCACCACCAGCAAUCCAGGAAGAGUUCCCAAGCGGCCCUGAAAUCACCGAGGUUGAAGAUCCCACACCGGAGGAGGAGGCUGCUCUUCGGGCCGCUCAACAAGAGGCUGCGGAGGCAGCUGAGGAAAUGGAAGAGGCGGAGGAGGAUGAGGAUGAAGACGAUUAGAUCAAACGCUGUAACUCCAAACUAAAGGAAUUAUCAUUUCAUCUUCAUAAAUAAUGAAAAGGUCCAUCUUCCGUCAUUUUUAAAACUUCAAGAUUAUAAUUGAGGAGUAUAGAAACUGUGAUGACUUUGUUUCCGUCCUUGAGUCAUUCUGCAGAGAGUUCUGUUUAUAUCAUUUCUUUACUGCUGCUUAGUAAAUGUUGUCUUUGAUGAGACUGUGAUUAUUUUCAAGAGCAUUCCAUCCAAAACUUUACGUAUACACGAUGUCCAUAGGUUUUGUAAAUAACGAUUACCAUUUCUGUGCUAUGGCAUCUGCUGUUUCAUCCUGGUAUGAAAUAAUGAUUAAGGUAAGGUUUUUCUGUAGAACAUAGUAAUUUUUCAUCUGUUGGGACUAAUUUUGAAUUAUUUUGUUGGAAAGACCUUCCCCUGUUUGGCGACUGCUAAAAAGUCAAAAUUGUGUCGUUCUGCUGUAUAACUGGACAUUCUAUAACAAAUCCAUUUCCAUCUUCCUUUCUUCAACUGCUGAAUAGUAACUUGUCCGACUCCUUCCAGUUGGGGUCCAGAGUUGACUGAAAACAUUCCAAACCAUGGACACUCUACUGAAGAUGGUUUAAGACCAAAUGUUAGUAGUGAUGGAACAGUCACUGUCUUUCACCUGUAUAUAAACUAAUGUAACUAUCUAGAAAUCAGAUGAUUUAAUUAUUUAAGUAUACACGUAAGUUUAUUUUGUACAUUAUUGUCUGAGAUUGAAUAAAGUUGGGAUAUCAAAUA